AGGGCAGGAGCCGCCUUCGCCAAGCACACCCUGCCGAAGCGCCUCCCCGCUCACUUCCCUCACCCUGCCAUUCACCAUGGCUGCCUGGAUGAGCUUGGCGCUGUUGUCCGUCCUUACGGUUAGCACACUAAGCUUGCCUCGCCCCGAUGAAAGUGCCUACAGGAUUCCUCAAGUAGGAACCGGCAGACGUUCCCAGUACUACGUCCUGCACAGUGAUGGCACCUACAAGUACGGUCAUGACACCGGAGAGGGAGCCUUCGAGAGUGCACGAUCAUCUACGCCAGGACAGCAACGAGGUUCUUUCGGCUAUGUGGCUCCCGAUGGCAAGCCAAUUAGCCUUCACUAUGAGGCAGGUGAGGGAGGCUUCGUCCCUCAGGGUGCUCACCUUCCCGCCACGCAUCCAGAUUUCGAGUCUGCGCACGCCCAAGCUCGCGCACGCGCUCCUUUCGUCGACCCUCUAGCCGAUCCAAACGCAGAUGCUUCCUACGGAUUCGACUUUGAAGGACAAGCUCACGCUCGCUCCGAGCACAGUGAUUCUGACGGCAACGUGCGUGGCUCUUACUCUUACACCGAUGACCAAGGUCGCACUCGCACUUACUCCUACACUGCUGGCAGAGGCACCGGUUUCGUGUGGAAGGCAGUGAUCUUCCUACCGCGCCACAAGACUCCAACUCCACUCCCGCCGCCACUCGACUUUCCUCUGGAACUCCAUUCUCUCUCUCUCGCCUGGGAACUGGAUAUUCGGCCACUCCAGGGGCCUCCUCUCACAUCGCUGGCUCCUCUGCUGCUUCUCCAGCCACUCGUGCUGGCGCCUCUCCCUCUGCAGGAGGAGCCGCCUCUUCUCGGCAGAGCGCCGCCAACCCAGAUGGCUCGUAUUCCUUCUCUUUUGACGCCGGGGAUCACUCCAGAGCCGAAUCUGCUGAUGGAAACCUCAACGUCCAAGGACACUUUUCCUUCGUAGCAGAUGACGGAGUCACACGAAA